UUUGACUGUGGAGCGAAAAACCCUAGCUGGGCAAGCAUAACAUAUGGAGUUUUUCUCUGUAUUGAUUGUUCAGGGACCCAUCGAUCACUCGGUGUUCAUUUGAGUUUCAUUCGAUCUACAGAACUGGAUUCCAAUUGGUCUUGGUUUCAGCUGAGAUGCAUGCAGGUUGGAGGAAAUGCAAAUGCUUCUGCUUUUUUCCAUCAACAUGGAUGCACAACAAAUGAUACCAAUGCGAAGUAUAACAGUCGUGGUGCUCAGCUUUACAAGGAGAAGAUUAAAUCUCUUGCAACACAGGCAACAAGAAAGCAUGGUACUGAUCUGUGGACAGAUGGAUGUGGAAUGCCACCUGUGUCACCUCAAAACAAAGAGGAAGACUUUUUUGCAUCUCAUGUUUCUCCCAAGGCAAAGAAUACAGAGUGGGUGUUGUCAAAGCCAGAGCCAGUUUCUCUACAGCAGAAAACUUCAGAAGAUAUUCCAGAAUGCUAUGAAGGAGCAGAACAUGGACCAAGUGUUGAUUGCCUUAGUACAUCACCAAAAGCUGCAUUAGAGAACACCACCUUCAUAAAAAAGAAGCCAAAUCAAGCUAAGAAGGGGCUUGGUGCCAAAAAAGGUGGUUUGGGGGCACAAAAAGUGAGCAGCCAAAGCUUUAAUGAGAUUGAAAAACAAGCCCAAGCUGUAGAUAAAAUGAAGGAACAAGAGGAUCUUCAUAGCAGUAAGAAAACUGAGAAGGAUGAGCCACUCGUAUCAUCUUUACGGUUGGCCUACAGAGAUCUUGAUAUUAAAACAAAAGAAGAAAAGUUAAAUCUGUCUGGUAAGAAGAAAGAUGAAUUGGAGAGACUUGGCAUGGGCUUUGGCAGCAGCAGAAGUGGCAUUUCUCACUCAGUCACCUCAGAUAUGCAAACAAUAGAGCAGGAAACACCUGCAAUUGCAAAGCCGAAGAAAAAGUACACCGAUGAUGUAGAAGACUCGUAUUUCUCUUCUAGUUCAAGGUACUAUGAUUCUUCAGAUCUGAAGAGCAGUGCUUUCCCUAAAUGGGAAGACAAUACAGAUUCUUUUUGGAAGAAAGAAAAUUACAAUAGAGAUGUUGAUGUAAUGUUAACUUCAAAAAGUACAGGAUUUUCAGACAGGCCUACAUCUCGUCGUAAGCCUGAAUAUGAACCAUCUUUAAACACAGAUGAGGCACAAAAAAAAUUUGGCAAUGUAAAAGCUAUUUCAUCAGAUAUGUAUUUUGGAAGGCAAGAUCAUGCUGAUUAUGAAGCAAGGGCUCGACUAGAAAGACUUUCUGGAAGCUCCUCUAUAAGUUCAGCUGACUUGUUCGAAGAUCAGAAAAAACAACCAACAGGAAGCUACAAUAUUACAAAUGUCUUGCCUUCAGCUCCUGAUAUAGCUCAGUUUAAACAAGGAGUGAAAUCAGUGGCUGGAAAACUUUCUGUACUUGCUAAUGGGGUCAUGACAUCUAUACAGGAUCGAUAUGGUUCAUAACAUCUUUUGUCUCGACAUAAUUAAGUACACUAAAGAAGGAUUUCUCUUCAGAUACACAAGUAAUCACACUGCUGAUUCAAAUGAAGGUUGCCUUAAGACUGUUGAUGUUUUUACUUGUUCCAGCAUAUUUGUUUCCUUGUGCAGCUUUCUGGCUCAGCCUCUUCUUACUGCUAUUUCAUCUUUAC